AUGUCUUCUUCAACUGCCAACCAAUCCUACAACUACCCGGCCUACAGCAACACCUCUGGUGGCUCGACUUACACGGGCGGCCAGGCUGCUUCCACCAGCACCCAGCUUCACCAGUGGGCCACCACUACAGACCCCACAGAACGAUUCUACGUCACAGGCGAAAGAACAGGUCACGGUGUAUGGCAAGGCAUGGAUAAGAUUAUGGCUUUUGACAAAGUUUACAAUCGAUCGAAAUAA